AAUACCAUACAACGACUCGAAGCCCAACAUUCAUUUGUUUGGGCCAAAAGUAGAAAUUAAAGUGACUAUUACUAUUAUACCCCAAACCUUGUAAUUUACUUUUGUUGCCACGCUUAAACCUUUCCUUGUUACCGUCCUCCUCCGCCUCGAUCUCUGUCUCUCCCGUCAGUCAUCACUGCCGCUACGAAUCUGUAUUUUUUUUUCCAGUAACAACGAAUCUAAAUGGCGGCUGCUUUUGCUUCAAGAUUAACCCGAGGAGGACGUUCAUUGCUUGGAGGUCUUAACAAUGGUGGUUUGAUGAAUUCUUCUAAUGGAAUGAUGAAUGAAAGUAUCCUCUCUCAGCAACAGCGAAGGACAUUCAUUCAAAUGGGGACAGUUCUCAAAGUUGUGGACAAUUCGGGUGCGAAGAAAGUGAUGUGUAUCCAAGCUCUAAAGGGGAAAAAAGGAGCUAGACUUGGUGAUACUAUAGUUGCUUCAGUGAAAGAAGCGAUGCCAAAUGGUAAAGUGAAGAAAGGAGCGGUUGUGUAUGGUGUGGUUGUUCGUGCCGCGAUGCAGAGAGGUCGUGUUGAUGGAAGCGAAGUUAGGUUUGAUGAUAACGCGGUUGUGCUUGUUGACAGUAAAGACAAGAAUACCAAAACUGAUCGCCAGCCGAUUGGUACUAGAGUUUUUGGUCCUGUUCCGCAUGAGCUUCGCAAGAAGAAACAUCUCAAGAUUCUUGCUUUGGCUCAACACAUUGCUUGAGACGCAACAAAAACCCUAAACCUCUUAAUGUCUUUUAUUCAUGUAAACUCUAGUUACCACAUUUUUUUUUUGUGUUCUAAGGAAUUAAGAGGCUUCAAACUUCAAUAACCGUCCCUAAACUAAAGUUAUCUUAUCACUACUUUAAAGAGUU